AUGGAUGAUAUGAUAAAAAGUGAUGAUGAAUCACGUAUUAGUUUUAAAUGUGCUACACUAACAUGUCUAUCAAUUGAUCAUUGUAUUGCUAUUAUCUUUCAAUUUCUUACUGAUGAUAAUACAUAUGUUCGUCAACUAAAUAAUUUCGAACAAAUUCUAAAUGAUUUUCGUCAAUCAUCAAUUCAUGAUGAAAUUGUAUACCGUCUUGAUAUAUUUUCAUAUUUAACUAUUUUAAGUGAAUAUUUUUAA